AUGGGGGGCCCCGGCUGCUCUGGGAGUAGUGGUUCCGUGCGGCGCUCGUACCCGCGGCCCCGGCGGUCGUGCCACACCACGCCGCCUGGACAGAGCGACUCCUCCGCCCGGACCCUUCCGCCCCGCCGGGGCCGGUCGCGCAAGCGGGGGCGGGCCUCUGUGCCGUGCGGCCAAUCCGGCCUGGGCCUGGAGGCUGGGGCGGGGCGGCCCCGGCGCGACGCCCCGAGUGGCGGUUGUUUCAAGAUGGCGGACGUGGCGGGCCCCUCCCGCCCCGGCGCGGCUGCGUUCUGGAGCCGGGACUUUUCUGAUGAAGAGCAAUCAGUAGUGUAUGUUCCAGGAAUUUCUACGGAAGGAAAUGCCAGAUCAAGACACAAGUUGAGUCCAAAAGCUGAUGUCAAACUUAAGACUUCCAAGGUUACUGCUGCUUCAGUCUCCAUGGAGUCUUUAAAAGGUGCAGGAGACUCGGUAGAUGAACAGAAUUUCUGCAAGGGAGGAAUAAAGAGUGCAUCAUUGAAGGAUUUAUGUCUCGAAGACAAAAGACGCAUUGCAAAUUUAAUUAAAGAACUGGCCAGAGUAAGUGAAGAAAAGGAAGUGACAGAAGAACGACUCCGAGCUGAGCAGGAAUCAUUUGAGAAGAAGAUCAGGCAGUUGGAGGAACAGAAUGAACUGAUCAUCAAAGAAAGGGAAGCUCUUCAGCUACAAUAUAGAGAAUGCCAAGAACUUCUCAGUCUCUAUCAGAAAUACCUAUCAGAACAGCAGGAGAAGCUCACCAUGUCCCUCUCAGAACUUGGUGCUGCUGGAAUGCAGGAACCACAGGUAUCCAAUAGGAAGAGCACUCUUCGGUCUUCAGCUAUGGAACUGGAUGGCUCCUACUUGAGUGUAGCCAAAUCACAAACCUGCUAUCAAACCAAGCAGAGGCCUAUGUCUGGAAUUCAAGCCUCCGCUUCAGAAUCCCUUGUGGAGUUUAAGAAUAAUUCUUUGAAGCCAGCAGAUUUUCAUUGUCCUAAAGAGGACCAAGACAGGGUGCCAUUAGAGACCAGAACAUGUGAUUAUGGAUCCCCAGGGAGAAAACUAGUAGACGCAGUCCCUACAGAGAAAGCCCCACCAGCGGAAUUGAAGAUGAAACAAUGCCAACACCUGAAGCCUUCUCCAUCCAGUCAGUGUUGUGGUCAUAGACUUUCUGAAAAUGAAGAUCAUGUUCAUGAAAGUCAUCCUACGCACAUGGCCCCUCAAUAUUCCAAAACACAUCUGGAAUCAUGCAAUAAUUGUGGGCUUUCCUGGGCAUCCCUGCUGCAUGGUCAAGGAACACAGCAGGCUAGUGAAACUGAUGUCAGAAAGCAACUCUCGGAAAAUAGAAGGCAGCAACUUAUGCUUCAGAAAAUGGAGCUGGAAAUUGAAAAAGAGCGCCUUCAGCAUCUGCUGACCCAGCAGGAGACAAAGCUUCUCCUGAAACAGCAGCAGCUUCAUCAGUCUCGACUGGAUUAUAAUUGGUUAAGAAAUCAAGCUGUAUUUAAGUCAAGAGAACUCGUUGCUGCUAAAGAGUUUACUAAACCCCGAGAACUCAAUCUGGAUAUGAAUGGGGAUGACUCUGGACCAAGUUUAUUGAAGUCAAAAUAUGCUGACUGGCUGCUGGGAGCAUCAUCAUCCAUCAAAAAGUACCAGGAGUCCACUAACAGUGGUGAAAAUAGAAGGGAGAAGAAGACAAUUGGGUUUCAAUCACACACAGAAGAUAAUGCCCUAUGGACAUGUCAAAAGAAAGAUGCAUAUCGACCCCAAAGAGGGACAUUGGCAGGAAUUAGAAAAGAUGCGUCCACAUCUCCUAUGACGACAGGAAGCCAAAAGGAGCUUGUAAUCACAACCACAUCAUCACUGCAGCAUGACACUUCCCGGCUCCCCCUCUGUCCCCACCACCAGCAAGUGCUCCUAGGCAGGGAGAACUAUGGAUUCGUUAGCAACACGCUCAGUAAUGUGUCAUUCAUUCAUUCAUCUCUAAGAACCCCAGCUCCAGCCCCGCUGAUGAAGGAGGGGAGGAAAGGAAAGGACUGGUACCUGAGUCAACAUAGAUGACACCAUUUCCUAAAGGUGAAAUUGGGUUGUUGAGAAAACCUCAAGAAGAAGCAGGGAGGUGGGAGGCAGGACACAAGCGUUGGAGGAAGUGGCUGUGAGGAGGAUUCACAGCCCCGGGAGGCGGGAUGCAGAGAUUAAGUGCAUCGCAUCACAGACAGACGGCCCUGGGCUUGAACCCUGACUCUGGGUCAUCUGGGCAAGGGACCACCCCUCGCUGAGCCUGUCCCUAAAAUAGGGACAAGAACACUCACCUCAGAGAAUUAUGGGAGAUUCUAAUUAAGUAACUCCACACAGGGGCUGGCUCAGAGCAGCACCCAUAAGCGGUACCUACAGCCAUGGCUCAAAGAGCCCAACUGAUGAGGGUGACCUCUUCCCAACCAGUGGGGGUCCUGAGCAUCCCCGGACCUGCUGGGAAUCCCACAGGCCAGCUGCUGGAGCCCGGGCCCAUCACUGCCUGGCUCUGGAUGUCCCCACUGAAAAUGGGCUGAGUCCCUUAUACCAAAGCACAUGUACCCACGUGUACACAUUUAAACAGGGUAACAGAAACAACUGAUCACACUGGCCAGAAGGGGUGGCUGGAUUCAGGGAUGGGAAGGCUUUUUACGGUAUACUUCUUCAUACUUUUUGAAUUUUGAAAUAUAUGAAUGUUAACUUUCCAAAAAAAAAAAAAGAAAACAGGUAACAUUUAAAAAAUGCAAAGACCAAAUUAACAUGCAGCCUGAGGCCAUACAAACCCAGAGGAGAUCGGCUGUAGACAAUAACAGCCACGGUGGUGCCAGGAGCGCUCCUGGGAGAAAGGGCAAAGAAAAGAAGGGGCAUGGGAGCAGCAGCUAAUUGGGGUCCCUGGAAAAGAGUGUGAACAGUGAGAGACAGAGGUGUGUGCCCUCGGCAUGACAGCAAUUCUCUGGGAGUGUCGCAGGGCUGACUGGACCAUGAGAAGAUGGCUUACAGUGGUCUGAUGUCAAGUUCAAGCUGGCCUCAGUUGAGACACGAAUUGUCAAUGGAAUGGAGCUACAGAAAGGGAAGAAGAGGACCGGAGCCUGAACUACUCGUUCUGAGUAUCUGUAGUGUGCUGUAGAAGAAUUUAUAACUCAGACUCCUUGGGGUAGGGUGUAGCUGUGCAUGGCUGUGUCCCAUUCACUCCUCACAACUCUUGUGGUGGUGGUAGUAUUAUCCCCAGUUUAGAGAGAAGGAGAUUGAGGCUCAGAGAGGUUAGGUGACUUUUCCAAAGUGACACAGAAGAUAUCUGAGUGAACUGGGAUUUGCAUCUGGUCAGACGUCAAAGCCCAUGCCUUCUUCACCUUGAUACACGGGUCUCUAAGUCUCCUCCUGGUCUGGGCAAAUCUUGGGUGGACCCCCACAAAGGGUGCAAGCCCAGAGGGUGGCGUUGGGAGCUCCCGAAGGGAUGAGUAGUUAGGCUAGCAAGAGGGAAGAGGAGAUGGGGUGAUAAGGAAGUGGCCUGGGGUGCUGGGGCUGGCUGUCAGGAUCCCCAGAGCUCACCAGCCAGGCCUGAAGCCCAGACGCUGAGGGGAUGGCAGAGAAGGCAGGUAACCAAAGGGAGGACUCGCAGGGAGAAGGGAAGGCAGCUUGGAGAAACAGACAGAGGGGCAGACAGAGGGAAGUCUCAAGUAAAAAGCCUAUACUUGCAAACACUCAUCUGAGGGGAAGGGAGUGUUGGCCACACACUCAUUCCAAAUGUGCUAUUAUUACUUAAAAAGCAUUUCCAGGACACCCACCACUUUGGAACAUGCCUUCAGUUGUCUGAAGUCUGUGCUUUCCUCCCCCCUCCCUUCCUUCCUCCCUUCCUUCCUUCCCUCGUUCGUUCUUGCAGGCAGUGAAUCAACAGUGACUGAAAGCCCAACUGCCAGCAACGAAUGGUCUACGAAGGUGCGAUGUCAAUGGCCGCUAAUAAUUUUUGCACGGGGGUGGAUUCCAUUUUGUGAGAUAGACAGAUGGUAUUCACAGCCAAGUCUGGUAUGUCACCUUGGGCAGGGCUGGGUUCCUGAGCUCACUGCCCAGAUGUCCCAUAACUGCCUUACCCUUGUGGAGAAUGCUCCUUUGGGUUCAACCGGGUAUAAUUCCAACACUGGCCCAGCAGACCUCAUGCCAGAGGGAGCAUAGAGUCACCCGGCCCGGCGACAGCAGAGCUUGGAAGGCAGGUGGAAGGAGGACCCGGAGGCACUCGUGUGGGUGGGGAAGCUCUGCUGUGUCUGUGUCUCACUGUACUCGGUGUGCAGGAGUGCGUGGGAUCCAGCUUAGAAUAGGAAAAAUGUCAGAUCUUUAUAAAAACCCAGAAAGAGACGGGAGCUAUUAACUACGAGUUCUCAGUAAACAUAUUCUUUUCAUAUUAGCCUCACAGAGAAAGAAAGGGGGAAGGGAGAGAAGAGAAAAGUGAGCACAAAGAGUGGAUGAAGAGCUGAAGGCUUUAGAAAGUCACCAGGAACAGGGGCUGGAGGGGGGCCUGGGGAGUCUAACCAGGAGCCAGCACCUACCCUUGGGUAAGGCUGGGGGAGGCCACGGGUUCCCCCAACAGCUGCAGCAAGGGUGCAGCCGUCCCACAGGUCACGGCUGGCCUCUAGACAUCAGUGCUGCCUCAGAAAGGUUGAGGGCAAGCCAAGAUAUCUACCGAUGAAAUGACUUGAUAUCCGGGAUUUGCUUCAAAAUAAUUCAUUAGUUGAUGUAUGUUAAAGCCAGGUGGUACAUGGAAGUUCUUUAUGCAAAUACCUCUACUUUUCAUUGUACCUGAAAUAACAAAAUGAUGAUAACAAGCAAAAAAAUCUUUCAUUUAUUAUUUUGAGAGAGAAAGAGGUGGAGGGAGGGGCAGAGAAAGAGAGGGAGAGAGAGAGCCCCAAGCGGGCUCCUUGCUGUCAGCGGAGAGCGUGACGCAGGGCUCGAUCCCACAAACUGUAAGAUCAUGACCUGAGCCAAGCGCAAGAGUCAGACGCUUAACUGACUGAGCCACCCAGGCGCCCCAGCAAAAGUCUUAACUGGAGGAGCUAAGAAGAGAUCACAAACUGCAGGUAGAAUGCUAGCAGAGGAAUAUAAGCCAUAGAAUACAGGCAGAAAUUAAUGAGAUUUGUGUCUUGGGUUUUCUUAAAUAACACUGCAAAACAGGGGUUCUUAGCCAGGAAACGAUGUGGGUCCCUGAACUCCCUGUAAUUGUGGGCAAAGUGACCUGAUAGUUUUCGGCAAGUUUUCAAAGAAUCUGUGACUUUCCCCCAGAGGUUAAUAAACUGUAUUCUCUCUCAAAUAUUCUAUGCAUUCAUUAGUCACUUGGUGUGUGGUUUUAAGUAGAGGAUUAUUUUCUAGAACUGGCAUAUUCACAUCUGGGCCCUGUGUUUUCGUCUCUUCUCUCAGUCAACCACACCUGGAACAGAGCAAAACUGGCCAACCCCCUUCACAGCCCAGCUCCCUGGGGGCAGCUCCCAGGGCCCCCACUGUCCCUGAGCCUCAGCAGUGGAGGUUGGGGGAAAGUUAUGCCCGAGAGAAGGGCAGUCAGGGGGAGGGGAGGCCAGUGAGGCCUUCUGGGGUCUGAGAGAGGCAGGGGGAAGUGGUGUGAAGGCCGUUAUCCUCUGACAGACUCACUGGCUUUCGGCUGCGAAUGUCCAACAGAAAGCAUGGUUUCGAAUAGUCUGAGGCACAAAAGGCCAGAGAAUUCCUUAGGAAACACCUUCCCGGUCCUCACAGGGUAGCACAACACCCGGUGUGACGUGACUCAUCCCCCUUGCCAUGAAUUCUUUCAAGGAGUCCAGCUCCCCACAAGCUCCCCAGAAUGGGCCAAGCAGCCCAUCCAUCACCCGUCCUCGUAGCCUGGUGGGCAGGGAAAGUGGGGUUAGUUUAGGGGGCACUGAGGGUCUCAUCUUGGAGCCAUCUCCACAGUUAAGUCAAGGCUUGAAGGCCUGCCCCAUUUCCUGAUACAUUCAGGCGAACAUUUCACAAGCUCGUGUGAGAAACGGGGACUUGGCCCUUGGCCUUGGGAACAGAGGUGGGAACAGAGGAUGGAACACGGGGUCCAGGUAUGACUCUGGAGCCGGGGCUCUGAUCUCUGCUAUCAACCUACUUCAGAGAAGACAUCUGAGGGCUGAAGCCAUUCCCCACUCUCCCACAGGAGGGCACAGACAGACCUACAAGGACUCUUGUCUCCAGCGCUCCUGCCUUCUGCCCCGGGCCAGGCACCGAAGCCAGGAGGCUUGCCUGCCCCCUCAGGUGGAAAGAGAUGGAGAAGCUCGGUGGACUCUGCCCAUUCCCAGAGCAGGCUGCAGGACGGAGGGUAGUGAGACAGGCUAGAGAAGUUCUGUCCCAGGACACAGCCUGAUGAAGGCUUGUGGCUGACGUGCCUCUUUCUGAGCUCUCACCUCAGAAAGACCUGCUCCCUCCUUGCCACCUCUCCA